AUGACAAACCCAUUCUCCAUGCCUCGCAAGCGCUUGUCGUCGAAACUUGGAGUCGAUACGGGGAGGAAGACCAGAAGCUUUGAGGAGCAGCUCAAGAAGUUGAAAGCACAGCAAGACCAGUCCAGUUCGGCACAUAACGAGGAGUCGGCCGCACCUACGGUGGCAGGACAUGGUACUAAGACCUUGGCACAAAGACUGUCACAGAGCUUGAAGGACCCUUUGAGAUCUAAAGACUUCCUCGGGCAGGUCGACAAGGAUUGUUAUCACAAUUGCAAGGUCUUCAGUUUCAAGAACAGAAGAGGUACAUUGUCCGAAGAGGCUUUACGAAGCUUGAAGGAUAUCAUCCAGUUGUCUGAUUGCAACUGGUACGAAAAGUUUACAAUCUUCAAAGGAGGAGAAGAGAGUUUCUGCAUGGGGCUAGACGUCAGAGCGUUGGCGAUGAACAGGGACAAUCGUCCUCAUGAGCUGGAUCCCCAGCAUGUGCAGUAUCAACUUGGAUGGAUCAUAGCGAAGAGCAGCAAGAAGAGGCUGGCAUUGAUGGACGGGCACUGCAUCGGAGCUGGUGCGGCCCUGGCACUCGCCCACACGUCGCAGCAUGCGCACUUUCUUGGUAUGUCGCCCGGCAAUGGCUGCAGUUUUUACCUCCCUCGCCUCAAGGGACAUAUCGGCUUGUACCUCGCUUUGACUGGAGCUCGGAUCAACGGAGCUGAUGCGCUCUAUGCUGGAGCUGCUUCACAUUUUGUGCCGAGGAAUCGAUUGGACAAAUGCCUGAAAGCUCUGAUCAACUCGCCUGCGGACGUCUCUUCGGAGCAGGUGGAUGCGAUUGUUGCCGACCAUUCGGCCAGUUUCGAGAGCACCAAAGAGUUGACUUGCCUUCCCAAAACAUUUGAUUCUCCUCCCUCCUACUACGCUCGAUGCUUCGGACAGCAAUCCGUGGCAGAGAUAUUGGAAGCAUUACAACAGGAACGCACUCCAUGGGCUCAAUCGACGCUUGAACGUCUGCAGCUCAUGUCUCCGACUGCUCUUCAUGUCACCUUCGAACUGUUCCGACGAGGAGCAUCUUGCGAACUUGAGGAAUGUUUGAGAACAGAGUGGCGACUUGUUCAUCGCAAGUGGCAAGACUUCAAGGAGGGGGUGCGAGCAUUCGAAACUGACAAGGACGGAAAACCGUCAUGGCAGCCGCAGCCUUCACAGGAGGAGGUGCUUGCAAUGUUCAAGCCGAUGAACGAGGCUGUCUGUCCUCCGCUUGACCUCAGCCUAGAUCAUUUGAACAAGAACAAUAAGCAGGUUCUGUCAAAGGUCGGACAGAUGCGGGUCUAA